UAAAGCUUAACUCUUUCAGCCCCUGCUGAGCUCUGCUGAGCUGGUGGGAUCCAUGUGCCAUGGGACAGGCGCCGGUUCAAUGCUGCCAGCAAGAGCAGAUGGAAAGAAGGUGCGACGGUGAAUUUCGCACUGGAGUCACACAAUUUCGGUGUGAUGUUGACAAGGACGAGUGCUUGCAAGACCGACUCUAUGUUGCCGGCUGGACGGAGAGUGCCAGCCAUUCGGCGCAGCUCAUGGUGGAUGAUGGUACUGAUGAACAGCGUUUGGCCUAUGAGGUUGCUGGGCAACCCCUUUACAUACAGACGCUCAGCUACUCUCCAGUCAGCUAUGAGCUGUGCGAGACUGUGGACACCUCACGGUCACAAGAGCGUUACUCAAAUGCGUUGGUGCAUACCGCUCGAAUGAAUACUCGUCGGCAAUUGCUUGAUCGCCAGGCCUGGCUGAGCUCUGCAGUUCAGGGUAGACAUGCGAUGCUGCUGAACAGCUCGGAUGAGGCAGCCUUUCCUUCUCGUGUUCCAGCAAAGUACUUUCUGGAUAACAAUCACUCUGCUCUGUCUUUCCUACCUGGUGGAUCUGAAAUAGUGCCAGUGGUCAUCAUGAUGGAAGCCAUUCAGGCUAUAUGUUCUUUGACAGACAGCAUGGCGCGGAUAGCUCAGUGGGAACUUCAGCUAACUGAGCCGGAGCAGAAAUGCGGUGUCCUGCUGAAGUAUCGUGAUGAUGAUGCAGCACAAAGUUCCAAAGAAAUAUGUUUCCUGGAAGAAUCCGAAGCUGCAAAGGAUUUGUUUGUCAACGUUUUGACGGUCCUGUGGCUAGAGAAGCCGCAGUCCCACUCCGUUUGGUUCUGAUGGCGCGUUUCACUGCGGCCAACAAAGUAUGUCCGCACAAUUUCUCGCAUUCAAACGCAAUAUGCGGGAAGAAA